UCCAUUUUCAGGCGUAUUUUUUAGCGGCGACAUUUUUCCGGCGAUUAUAUUUUCCGGCGUACCAGUUUUGCGGGGAACCUAUUUUCCACCAUUGAUAUACGGGAAAACAGAUUUGAAACUUUUCCGGUUUAUUCCGGCGAUAUUGUUUUCCGGCGACUAAUAUUUUUUCCGGCCAGCCAUCCGUUAUUUGUUCUACUCUUUUUUCCGGUUAACCAUUUUUUAGACGAGGUUAAAAUGGCUGCACUUCACGGCGGAGAUGGUGGCAACGACCCUCCAAACUGGGGGUGGAAUCCCGAAUGGGGUUGUAGGCGUACGGGUGGUAUUAGCACAGGGAGAGCUGCUGCUGCUAACAACGAUCUAGAGCGCGAGUUUCAGAAUUCGGGACGCCGAAUCUCGCUUAUGUUGAAUAACGAUCUAAGUAGGUGGCAGGCAAUCGGGGACCACGCCAAGUGGUACAAGAGCUAUUUGGGAACCUAUGUCGCUACCGUCCCACAUAAUUACGAGUCGUGGGAUCAGGUGCCCCAGCCCAUCAAGGAUGGACUUACUGACUGGCUUAUGAGACGGUUCUACUUAGAACCAUAUCUAGGUCACCCAGAAAAUCACCCGUUACGAGAGGCCGUGACCAGGAUGAUACGUCAGGAUGCCCUGAAGAUCUACAGGGAUAAAAAAGCAAAAUUCAAGAAGACUUGGUUCACUGACAGGGGUGGGUCCCAGAGGCUGGCAAAACUGGAGGGUCAACCUCCGUAUGGGAUGCCUCCACAGGCGUGGAGUUAUCUACUGGGUUACUGGACCAGCGAGCCCGGAUGA